GGUCAUCAUAAUAUGGUUCCGGUUAUUAUGGGGAUUGGUGGUAUUUUUGGAAACGUUUUUGAUAAAAAUAUUUCGUUGUCGGGGGUUGUGGUGAGGGCGUUAAAAAAUUUGGAUACUUUGUGUUUAAAUGUGGAACAUUUUCGAAGAAUUUUAAAGGAUUACCCCGUUAUUCAAAAGAAAAUCGGUGUUUUCGCUCAAGCCGAACAAAGGCACUACGCAAUCCCGAGUAGUUUCGUCGACGAGGGAAGCACGUAUGUUAAUCCGAAUUUGUUUUGGACUGCUAAAACAUCCACUAGCGUUAACAGCAAAAACACUUUGUUAACAUUUUGUAAACAAUCAAUCAGUUAUCGAUCUUUACUGUUUAAUUUUUUUACCGUUUUCGUCUUGGCUACGGCUUAUUACAACUGUAUUAUUACAACGUACCAAUUUAGUUUCCAACAUUUUUCAACUCAUUUAUUAAUAACAACCGUUUUUAUCGAUAUCAUAUUUUUACUCAAAUUUUGUUUGGAGAUAAAUUAUCCUUAUUCACCGGAUGGGAACGCAAAUAGAUGUUUCUUCACAAAAUGGACUAAAAUCCUAGAUUUUAUUACAAAUCUCCCAUUUAGUUAUUCAAUAUUAUUUGUGCCAUUCGUUUCCAAUACAAGCUCACAUUUCUAUUUCUCCGCAUUAAGAUUGAUUACUUUACUCAGGAUGAUGUAUAUUUUUCAAUUUUUUAAAUACUACAGACAUAAAUUGAUGUACAACCGAUUUUUGUUGGAGCUGUGCAAUUUGGUGGUUUUAUCAACUUUAAUAAUUCAUCUUUUGACUUGUGUAUGGUACAUGAUGGUUUGCCCGUUUAAAAAAUGCAACGAUGACGAUUUCAUGCCUUCAAUCAAUAAAAAUAACUCCCAAGAUUUAUACGCCGCUGCUCUUUAUCUUACUGUUGAUGUAUUAUCAAGUACUGGAACUGGAAGUAUUUUAUCUCAGUCUUAUAAACAAUUAAUAAUUGCAAUAAUCUUUAUGAUUAUCUCGAAGAUUCUUAUAGGAAUGUUAAUAGGGCAAUUAAUUAAUGUUUUCCAAAGCAAAAAUUUAUCGUUAGUUAAUUUCGAACUCAUGGUAAGAGAAAUACACAAUUAUUACGUUCACACAAGCAUAAAGCCGAAGAAAAUCAACUACAUAACUGAUUAUUUAAAAUUGUUAUGGAAGAAAAAUCACGGAUUGCAGGAUUAUCACAACAUAAUAAGCGUCUUACCACGUUCAAUACAAAUGGAACUGACCGAAUCGAUAUACGGAUCGCUUCUGAAGGAUUCGUACAUUUUCUCGCAAACUGAACGGGAUUUUAUACGGCAAAUGUCCCUCCACCUGAGCCAUAGAACCUUCUUCCCUGGAAACUAUGUGGUACGAGACGGCGAUGUCGACAACACGAUGUAUUUCAUCCAUCGCGGCGACGUGGAAAUCCUGACUGUAAACUCAAACUCGCGUGAAACUGUUCACGAAGUGCUGCAUAGGUCCGAAGUGUUCGGAAUCGUCCAAGGCCUGUUCAAAGAAAUCCCGCAUCAUUUCUCAUUCCGUGCUUUAACCGUUGUUGAUCUUGCGGUGUUACGACUUGGAGAUUGGGAGUACCUUUUAGAUUUUUUUCCGAAAAGUAAGGAUGUGAUUUAUCAGCGGGUCGAAGAAAUUUAUUAUACAAUUUAGUUUAUUUCACUUUUGUACUUUAUUUCGUCAAAUUAUUACUAAUUG